GCACUCCCGGAUAAACAACUUGCUGCUCGCGCGCAUCAAUUGGAGUCUCGAGGAGAACGUAAACUGUCUGAAAAGACGUAAAACUGUAGCUCACGUGGUACUCUUGAAAGUUCCCGUAUUAUCGUUCAACUGGUUGGUCUUCACAACCACAGGAGACUCCGCCUAAUGGAUUUUUGUCUUUGUUGAUCAUGUCUCUAAACGAGAAUCACGACGAUGAAGGCUCCAGCAAUCUUCAAGCCGAGUACGAGGGGCCCGAAAAGGAAACGGAUGAGGUCACCAAGGAAGAGGCGACAACCCCAGUGAGUAUCGCAGCGUUGUCUGCUAAAAGUUUGGACGAAGAGGAGAAGGCAGAGAGAACGAGAACGGAAGAACUUCGACAGGAGCUGGAGAGGGUGAGAGGUGAUAGAGACCGGGCGAUAGUAGAUGUAGACCAGCUGAAGCGCAACAACACUGCUAUGUCCACUUCUUAUGAAACUCAACUUAGGAAGCUGGAAGGAGAGCGAACCGGGCUGGUAGAAGAAAUUACUGAUCUUAGAGAUGCUCUGGAGCAACGAGAGAGGCAGUCAAACGAAGCAUUGAAACGAAUGGAGACCGAGUCGGCAGCGAAACUCAAGGAGCUAACUUUGAAGUAUGAAGACUCAGUGAAGGAGAAGGAUGCAUUGUCAACACAACUAAUCCAAGGUGAAAUAGAGAAGAAAGAUGCUAUUAUGUCUAAGGACAAGUCUGACAAGAAAACGAAGGAGACAGCAAAGGAGCUUGAGAAACUUCAGGGUCGUUUUAAGGGCCUUCAACUUGAAGUUGCUAAGUGGCAAACAACAGCCGAGUCGAGUGAGAAAUCAGGAGGUGAGAUGAAGAAAGAAUUGAAGAAAUACGAGGAAGAGUUGUCGUCUCAAAAAAUCAAGGUUCAGUGGGCUCAGAAUAAACUGAAGAUGGAAACAGAGGCACACAAAGACACAAAGGCAAAGUUAGCAACUACAACAAGCAAACUUCAAGCAACCAAAGAAGAAGCAGAACAAGUUCGGGCAGACUGUCAACGGAUGAUCAAAAAAUACCAGGAAUCAGAAGAGAUGAAAUCUGUAUCAUUGGAUCAAGAACUAAAGAAGAAGCAAGGAGAACUGAAGCAACAGGAGCAGGAGCUGUCAGACCAGCAGGAAGUUUUUCAGAUUAAAAUGAAGGAGUUAGAUUCUUUGAAAGCUGCUCAGAAAGAUCUUCUUCGGAGUGUAGAGGAACAGAAAGCAAAGAUAAAUCAACUAGAAGAGCAAUGUUCGGCUCAAACGCUUACUAUCAAUGAACUAAGGAUGGACAGAGAUAGAAAACAGAUCGAGGUGGUGGAACUAACUCAAGAACGUGAUGUGCUACUAAAGACAAAAGAUGACCUUCAGAAGUCAGAAGAUGAAGUAGUCCGAUUGAAAUCUGAAGUUUCAAGUCACUUGUCAUCUCGUCAUGAGUUGGAGACAGAACUGACAAGUAAUCAGGACAAUGCAGUUGAGCUACUUGCUCAUUCAGAGAAGAUGGCAACACGGUAUGCAGAGUUACAGUCGGAGUUGUCAGCCUUAGAAAUCAAGGUGGCUGCAUUGACCAAUGAGACAGAAAGACUGAAUGAAGAAGGCAGUCGGAUGGAGCAACAAAUUGAAAGCUUGACAUCUGAAAUUGGGGUUGAGAAGCAGAAACGGAAAGAAGAAGCUGAAGAUUUGACAUUAAAACUUGCUGACAAGACAUUAGCAGUUGAGCGUUUAUCACUCAUGUUGGAUGAGGAAAGGAAUGAAGUGAAGGUUCUGAAGAAGAAGCAUGUUGCAGGAGUAAAGGAUCUAACGAGACAACUUCAGCAGUCAAAGAAGCGGUUGGAGGUUUUUGAAGGAGAGCAGAGUCGUCUCUCACACGUUCCCAGUGGACCUGGUAGUCGUUCUUCCUCAACCGGCUCUCUGGAUGGCCCAUUAGCUAAUGGAGCAGUCAACUAUACAGAUACUUUGGCUGGUGGGCCUUCUGUUGCUGUUUUGCAGCCAGGGGUGUUACACGAUCUUGAUUCAGAGAAGACACUGUUAGUUGACAGAAUCUGUUCUUUGCAGCAACUGCAUGCAAAGAAGGACGACAAGAUGGAAUUCUUUGAGGGACAUGUACAGCAACUUACACAAGAACUAAGACGGAAAACAAAGAUUAUUCAGAGUUAUAUAUUACGUGAGGAAGCGGGCACGUUAUCACCUGCUGUAAUGGAUGCCGUCAAGGUGCAGCGGUCGAAGAAGGGUGGCAUUAUGGCGUCUGUGUUCUCGUCAAAACAGGCAGACGGUGGGAUGACAUUAGAUUUGGCACUGCAGAUUAGCAGCAAAAUGCAGGCUGUACUUGAGGACACUCUUCUUAAGAACAUGACCUUAAAGGAGAAUAUUGAGACACUUGCUAAUGAAAUUGACAGACUCAGUAGGCUUGUUCGCCAGCAGAGCAGUAAUCACUCAUAGAUAUAAGUUAUUGUGAUAUAUGUUCAAUUAAUUAGAGCAUAAGACUGUAUUCUUGAGCUGUAAAGAGUUCUUAUUUCUUCAUAGAUUUAUUAUUCAAUUGUAAAUGUAUCAAACUUGA